AUCUCCUUCCUAAUUGUAAGCUCAGCUACCUUUUCUUUUAUCGUGGACCUCAAUUUGAUUGAGUCUACAGGAAUCGUGUUUGCUUAUAUAAUGUCUGUCCAACUAGUCUCCACCGAUGAUUCGAUAAGCAGUCUCCCAGAUGACGUCCUUGGCAAAGUCCUCUCCUUGCUUCCGACAAACCAAGCAGCUUCCACAUCGGUUCUGUCGAAAAGGUGGAGGAAUCUGUUUCAUCUUGUAGACAGCCUCUAUCUAAGCGACGACGCAACCCGUGACCCUCUUGGCUUCCCUGAUCUAGUCGAAAAAACACUUUCUUUGUUCCGCAACAAGAUCAAGACAUUGUCUCUGCGUUCUAAACACAAGCACUACAGUUACGACUGGAUCUACACCGUCCUGCUAAGCAGCUUCACAGAACUCCACCUGGAGAGCUCAGUUUAUCAUAUCAUAGGAAUAGAAAACUUGGCGAGCAACACGCUGGUCAAACUCACUAUAUCCCACGGGUUCUGUCUCGCAGGUUAUUAUCCUUUCGCUCCUGGUCACGUGCCUUUCCCAAACCUCAAAACGCUCUCUCUCAUCCUCUCGGCAGGGUUCGGUAUUCCCGAGAUGUACGGACACCUCAUCUCCGACUGCCCUGUCCUCGAGGAGUUGCUCGUACGCUACGAUCCUUGCUCGGAUUUUGGUUGCACGGUGUUUAGUAGUUCCGUUGCUGUGUUGAAUCCUUGUGUUAAGAGGCUUACCUUCUCUUGCCCUUUUCGUUGUUACCUUGACCAUAUUCUCGGUCAGGUGUUUCGAACACCGGGUCUUGUGUAUCUUGACUAUUCUAGUUUUGUCUCGAGGCUGUAUCAUGUUGAUCAUAUGAGCUCGCUUGUCGAAGCUAGGCUGGAUAUUCUAAUGGAGCCACUUUUAGAUGAUGAUGAUAGUGAGGAUGAUGGAGGUGAUAUUUUGCCUGAUGUUACGAAUUUGGUUGCAGGGAUAAGCAAUGUUAAAACCCUUCACUUGUCUUCUGACUCUCUUGAGGUGUUUCACCUAUACUGUAAAUCAAUGCCUGUCUUUCACAAGCUCCUUACUCUGUCUUUUGAGAGUCACAAAGAAAGAGGAUGGCAAGUGGUGCCACUUCUUCUCAACAACUCUCCCAACCUAGAAACCUUAGUCAUCAAGGGUCUUGUGCACCAAGUUACAAGUGCCUGUGUUUGCACCGCUAGGAAGAAGAAAAAGAAGAUCAUGAAGGGAAAAGUAUGUUGUUUAUCGACAUGUCAAGUGAAGGUGCUAAAAGUUUUAGGGUAUGGAGGAACUAAGAGAGAGCUGAAUCAGAUGAAGCAUUUCUUGGGAAAUUUGAAAUGUCUUGAAACUGUCAAGGUUGGUGUCAAAUCUUUGAAUCGCGUAGAAGACAACAAUGUUAGCAAGACUUGCCAGAGAAUCAUCAAUGCUCUUAACAAGGACUACCACCAGAGAAUCAUCAAUGCUCUUACUAAGCUUCCCAGAGCUUCAUCAAGUUGUCAAAUCCAUUUCUUUUGAUUACCUCUUAUAAAUCGUUAGCAUCCUUAAUGUUUUUUUUUUUGGAUGAUAAACUCUAUUAGGAUAAUCAAGAUAUUAUACUUUGCUAUUUAUUUGAGGGGAGCGUCA